AUGGCAAAAAGCGUUGCAGUUAUUGGAGCAGGGGCCAGUGGCCUAACAGCCCUUAAAUGCUGUUUAGAUGAAGGACUCCAGCCAACAUGUUUUGAGAGAAGUGAAGACAUCGGGGGACUGUGGCGGUUCCAGGAGUGUGAUACGGAUUGGAAAGCCAGUAUUUAUAAAUCUGUGACCAUUAACACUUCCAAGGAAAUGAUGGGUUACAGCGAUUUCCCCAUCCCAGAGGACUACCCCAACUACAUGCACAACAGCAAAGUCAUGGACUACUUCAGACUGUAUGCCAAACAUUUUGAUCUUCUCCAAUACAUACGCUUUCAGACGAGCGUGCUCAGUAUAAGAAAAUGCUCCGAUUUUUCUACCACUGGCCAGUGGGAUGUUGUCACAGAGACAGAUGGGAAGCAGAAUUCGGCCAUCUUCGAUGCCAUUUUGAUUUGCACUGGCCACCACAUAGAUCCUUACUUACCCCUGGAAUGCUUCCCAGGUGUAGAGAAGUUUAAAGGAAAAAUAAUGCACAGCCGGGAAUACAAGUAUCCAGAAGAAUUUCGGGACAAGAGAAUGGUUGUAGUUGGCUUGGGAAAUUCUGGAGUAGAUAUUAGUUUGGAUCUCAGUCACACAACCAAACAGGUAUUUCUCAGCACCAGGACAGGUGCCUGGGUGGUGAAUCGCGUCUCUGACAACGGCUUCCCCCUCGAUGUGGUACACUUCACACGCUUUAAAAAUAUGCUGCGCCACAUCAUCCCUUUGUACCUGAUGAACCGGUGGGGGGAGAACAAGCUGAAUGCCAGGUUUAACCAUGAAAACUAUGGACUGAAACCUCAAUUCAGGUAACACCACUAUUUCAGGACUCUCAC